AUGGCAUCUGCCUCCCUGGCGCCGUUUGCUCGCUUCCGAAACACCUUCCCGAGCGCCGCCGAUGCGCUAGAGAAGAAGUUCGCAUCAGACCUCAGGAAGCUCAAAUACUUCCUUGGCCGAGCAGAGACAUCUCCUCAGGCAGCUCCCUGCUGCGCAAGCCCUGAGACUGAGGAAGUUCACAUGUUAGACCUGCUGGCAAAGCUGCCUCUCUACGCGCCGGAGGUGUGGUACGAGAUCGUGACAGGACAGAAGUGCCCGAAUGAUGCUAAAAACGACUACGCCAACAUCGGAGUGGCGUUUGACGCCAGCUCAAGGCUGCGGCGUGCGGGCAUAGAUUUCUAUCAUCUGGAACUCACAAAGAAAUGGAUGGACUCUUCUUAUGGCGGAGUUGUGCCAUUCUGCUAUGUGCCAGGGACUAUCGAAGGCGGCGCGCCAGCCAGCGUGGAGGCAAGGCAGAUUCUGUCAUCGCAGGACCAUGACAAGAUCCCGCCUCCGCCAUCUUCGAUAGCGUCCAUUCGUGUGGUCGCGAUUAGCGAUACCCACCUUUUCCAUGACCUCGUCCCGAAGCUCCCUUCAGGUGAUCUUCUGCUGCAUUGCGGAGAUCUCAGUUACGAGGAGUCGCGCUCCGAGGAUGCCCGCGAGUUCGACAAGAAGUGGGAGGAGCUGCAUGAAAGCUUUUCGGCCUUCUUGGAGUGGUUCAAGGGCUCCAAUUUGGCAGCGGCGCAAGCCCUGCGAUGGAUGGGCAGCGCAAGCCACGACUUCGAGCACCGUGUGCUGGUGGCGGGCAACCACGACUACAUUCAACUAGGUGCCUGCGAAAUUCCUGCUACCUGGCCAUUCCGCUCCGCUUCAAGUCGGGCUGCAAAGUCACCGUGCCUAGGUCUCGGCAAGGAUACCUUUUUUUUUCUGCGAUUUGUUUACACCAGCCAUGCGUGA